AUGGGUGAAAAGGAGGAGGUGAUUGCUCCAGCACCGAGCAUGGACAUUGACGAGGGCCAAAUAGCGGCGGAGAAGCAGAUGCGGGAUAUCGGAGCCGAUCUGUAUCUCGAGGUCCAACAGUACUCAAGGGAGGAGUUAGACGCUGAGCGGAAAAUCGUUCUGCGGAAACUCGAUUGGGUCAUCAUGCCCAUGAUCUGUAUGACAUAUACCAUCCAGUUCCUUGAUAAGCUGUCCCUGAAUUAUGCAUCGGCAUAUUCCUUAAUUCCCGAUCUUGGGUUGCAAGGACAACGGUAUUCUUGGACGGCAGCCAUCUUCAACUUCGGUUAUUUGUUCUGGGCCAUGCCGGCCAAUUACCUCAUUCAGAGGCUUCCAGUCUCUAAAUACACUGGUACCAUGAUCCUUAUCUGGAGCAUUCUUCUUUGCUGCCAUGUAGCUGCGAAAAACUAUGCGGGAAUGUUGGCGCUUAGGUUUUUGUUGGGAAUGUUCGAGGCAAGCAUCUCGCCUGCGAUUAUGAACAUUGUCAGCAUGUUCUACACCCGCGAGGAGCAACCGCUUCGCAUGUGUGUUUUCCUAGCAUUCAACGGCAUGGCUACAAUGGUUGGUGCUUUGCUCGGAUUCGGACUUGGACACGUUGAAUCGUCGACCAUCAAAUCGUGGCAGCUCAUCUUCCUCGUCAUCGGCCUGAUCAACUUUGUCUGGUCCUGGGUUUUCCUCUGGGUCAUGCCUGAUUCGCCCAGCUCGGCCAGGUUCCUCACGCACAAGCAGCGCAUCGUGGCCAUUGACCGCAUUGCAAGCAACAUGAUCGGAGUGAAGACGAAGCAGUUCCAAUUUUCCCAGGCGAUUGAGGCUCUUCUGGACAUCAAAGUUCACUGUCUCAUGCUGAUCGGUAUGGGCUGCGGAGUUAUCAACGGCGGUGUCAGCAACUUUGCGUCCAGCUUGAUCAAAGGCUUCGGCUUCUCUGGUAUCAACGCGACAUUGUUGCAAUUGCCAACGGGCGCUUUCGAGUUCUUCCUGGUACCUCUAUGUGGUCUCGCAGCGGGAUAUUUCAAGGACUCUCGUUGCAUCAUUUUGGCUCUUAUCUGUCUUCCUCCGCUUGGUGGCCUUAUCGGCAUCCGUCUGACAUCCCUGGAUCAUAGAUGGAGUCUAGUAGGCUGCACAUGGCUCCAGUAUCUUAUCGGUGCACCUGUCAUCUUAUCAUGGAAUCUCCUGACCACCAACAUUGCUGGACAUACGAAGCGAUCCACCGCCAAUGGACUCUGGUUUGUCUUCUAUGCCGCAGGAAACAUUGCCGGAGCGAACAUCUUCUUCGCGAGGGAGUCCCCAAGAUACUAUAGUGCACUCACCGGCCUUAUUGUAUGUUACGGAGGCAUGAUCGUAAUCGCCCUCUUCCUCAUGGGGUGGAUGGGGUGGCAGAAUAAGAGCAGGGAUCGCAAGUAUGGCCCUGGCGAGGACGAGCAGGCCGUGGCGGAUGGGUUCAGAGAUCAGACUGACAAACAGAGUCUGCACUUCAGAUAUGCAUUGUAG